AUGAGUCCUAGUUUGGGGUCGUUGUUCGCUAACAGGGGUGCCAGAGCCUUUUACGGCUCUUCAUACUUUGGUCACCAGGUGGCUUCCAGGAUACUCAGUGAAGAGGGCCAAGAUCUCCCGGCAGGCAUAUCGCGAGGUCGAGACACUCUGCAGUCUUUUAGGGAUGAGUCUAGCUCCUUCGCUCAGGUCUGGGAUCUACUUGGUCUCUUGCCUCGACAAAAGUCAACAGUUGACCGCUUGGUGAAUAUCUUCCUGGCGGAGGUGAACUGGUCGUUGGAUGCGGUUCAUGAGGCAACGUUUAGAAGCAGCUAUGAUGAGUUUUGGGGGAGACGAUUUGGUUUUGAUGAUUUGGCCAACGUCGACCUCCGAUGGCUGGGGCUAUUAUUCAUAAUAUUGGCCUUUGGAGUUUUGCUUGAUUCUCCGCCACAUCCGACGCUGGAUGUGCAGCGAGAACGAGAAGAAGCUUCUCUUCGAUUUUAUUGGGCGGCAAGAAGAGCAAUUGUCAUUGCUCCGUCGUUCUACGGAGAAAGCACAGAUAUUGUACGAGCCGGACUGCUCGUAACUCGCUAUCUACUUUACACUCGACGCAUCUCAGAGUCGUGGUUGACCAUCGGCUUCGCAUCGAGGAUGGCCCAAGCACAAGGCAUGCAUGUCGACGGUGAGAGAUGGCGGAUGACUCGCAAAGCCACCGAGCAGCGGAGACGACUCUGGAGCCAUAUAUAUGCAAUCGACCGUAUGAUAUCGCUUGCACUGGGCCGGCCUUAUGCAAUCAACAAUCAGUUUUGCUUGACGCACGAGCCUGAAAAUGUCUGGCUGGAUGACAUGGAGGACGAAGAAGCCAGCCGUGCUGUGCCACAGCCGCUUAGCAUUCCAACGCCAAGCGUGCUAUCAUCUCUGCUUUAUCGACUUGCACAAGUCGUUGGAAAGAUACAGGAGAAGUGCUUCGGAAUGGAAAGAGCAAGCUAUGAGGCUGUUCUUCAGCUCGAUGCAAACCUGGUCAGAUGGAGCGAACAGCUUCCGCCGUACUUCCGCUUAGAUAACCCAGACACGGCAGCGGAUGACGCUCUCCCAUUUCUCCCAUGGCAUCGAUUAUACCUGCAUACGUCAUUUCACUUUGCUAGAAUCGUCCUGCAUCGACCUUUCUUACUUCGAGAAUCAAUCACGGAUCGAUUUCGAACUAGCCACGAGGCAUGCAUGUCUUCGGCGUUGGCAGACUUGAAGAUACGGCUUCGUACAAUGAAUAGCACAAACGCAGACAGCCUGCGGUGGGCUUUUGGAGCUCACAACCUCUUCAACAGUGCCAUGAUUCUAGGAAUCAUUGCAGUAAAGAAUCCUCAUUCAGCGCAAGCUGGUGCCAUCUUGGAGGACUUGGAAGCAUAUUGCGAGAAUCUGCACCAGGAUCCCUGGCUAAACGAAUUUGGCAUGGCUGAGUUGAAAGUAGUCGAGUUGUGCAUUGCAAAGGCCAAGGACUCAAGAUAUACUUCGAUGACUGCCUACCCAUCAGGCACUCCACCUGAGCCACCUGGCCCCAGGAUGCAGACUGUAGAUGGUACGGGGCGAAUGCGUCCAUCGGAUUUGGAAUCUCCAGCCAUGUCUUCCGACAUGAGCUCUAUAUACUGGCCAACUGUUUGGGAAGAUGGCCAGUUUACGUUUCCGGGUGCAGCAGAUUUCAGUUCAUGGGAGCAGAUGAUUACAGGUAUUGCGGAGGACAAUUACGGUGGACAGUGA